UGAUUGAUAUUAUUUGAGACAAUGUUGAAAAGUAAAUUCACUAUACAAUUUCCACUGACUAUAAUUACUGUGACCUUAGGGACUUUUCAUAUGGUACCUGCUGAGAGCAUUAAACCUAUUCCGGCGACGUACAACACCAGGUUCGCUACUGAAGCAGAAUUUCCAUUUAAGGGUAACAUAAUAACAAACACUAUUUCAUGUGGCUCGAUAAUAAUGUCCGAAACAUUUGUACUUUCGGCAGCGCACUGUUUUAUAAGAUUUGAUAGUUCUGGACGUAAAAAGUACAUAGAUCUGUCAGAUGCGUUCAUGUUGUUUGGUUCUUUGUUGCAAGGAGAGGGCUUAAUGCGAAGAAUAGAACACUACUCCGUUUCACCAAACUAUCAAAUGUCUCAAACCAGCCCCGUUCUCCACGCCGACAUCGCUGUAGCCUAUUUAAAUGAGCCGUUGAAGUUUUCAUAUAAAAUCCAGCCGGCCACUGUCGUAUCAACUGAUCCGAUGGUUUUUUUACAAGCGUGGAAUAAUAUAGUAGAUAACGAAAAAGCAUGUUAUGUCAUGGGUUGGGCGUUAAUGAAGGAAAAUGGAAUGGGUUCCUAUGAUUUUUAUGACUCGGAUUUCUUGAGAGUGAGUGCAGUUUCAGCCUUGACCGAUGAAAAAUGUAAAAAUUCGAUUGGAAAUGAAGAGGAUAACAUUGUGCGCUAUGGUGGUGUCUGUGCUAAGCACAUGGUAUUAAAUGAGGACGUUAUGGCAGGUGACGCAGGAGCAGCAUUGUACUGCGAAGGGAAUGUUUUCGGUGUGUUAUCGGCUCUAAAGGCUCAUAAAGAGUACACAAGAAUAGCGCACUUCUUUCUUUUGAAGGACUAUCUCAGCCAUAUUGAAGAUGAAGUUUCUGAGGGAUCCAUUAAAAAAGGCCAUUUUUUUAUAUCAACGAUUCUCCCUUACGUAAUUACUAACACACUCAUAAGCAAAUAAAAAUAAUGCUUGAUUUAUUA